AUGCGAAUCUACCUGAAGUCGCUCUCGGAGGGCGCCAAGACGGUGGACCUUAAGGUGGGCAAGAUCACCGUCGGCCGUGGCACAUUGCUCGAUUGCACCGACAAGAAAGUUUCUCGUAAUCACGCCGAAAUUGAAGUAACCAAAAGUGGUGACGUCUUCUUGACUUCGUUGCAUGUCAAUCCGUGCUUUUACUUUCAAGGCGAUGCAAAUUCGGCGCCAAAAAUUGUCAAAAAAGACAGCACUCAAAAGUUGUUUACCGGAGAUAUCUUUGGCUUUCAAGCCGCAGCGUUCAAAUACCAAGUCUUUAUCGAAGGCAUUGAAAAUGUCAGUGUCAAUGAGAUCAAUUCAACGACAAACGACCUUGCGCUGAAUGGGUCAGCAGGUCAGAAUAAAAAGUCGGAGGAUGAUGACGACACUAAAGACACUGAUGUCAGCGAAAAGAAGGACGCUGCCGCAACUACAGGUGAAUCUUCCACAAAGAAUGGUAAUGCCAGUAGCUCUGUCGCUGACUCCCCGAGCAAGGCCGACUCGAAGAAGAAGGCUGGUGCUGGUCGCAAGGCCAAGCAGCCCAAGAAGGAGGACGACAGCGGCGAUGACUAUGAAGGCGACGAGGAAGAGGAGGAAGAGGAGGACGACGAAGGUAGCGAAGACGAUGAUGAAGAAGAGGAGGUGAAAUCAAAGGGUCGUCGGGGACGAAACAACACCGGCGCUUCCUCCUCCAAAGGCCGUCCAAAACGUACGCCUCAGAAAAAGUCCACUGUGUCGCUGUCAGACUACGACGAUGAGUUCUCCGAUGAGAGCGAAGAGGAGUCCUACAAGCCAAAGGGUCGUGGCAGAGGACGAGCCAGCUCGGGCUCGGACAGCGACUGGGCGGCGGACACCAAAAAGUCUGGUCGCGGUCGCGUUACCGGUAAACGCAACUACCGGGAAACAGAUAGCGAGUCGGACAGCGACUGGGGAAAGAAAAAGAAGAAGGCCACUCCGAAGAAGGGCGCCGGAAAGGGUGGUCGUGGUCGCAAGCCCACUCGAACUCCACCCACUCGAAAGUCCACUCGACGUGCCAAGCACGAGUCCGAAGAGGAGGAGGAGGAUGUCAGUGAGGGCAGUGAAGAGGAGGAGGAAGAGGAGGUGCUGCCACGUAAGAAUGCCCGAGCCGCUGCCAGCAAGAAGAGGGCAGCCAAGGAUAGUGAGGACGAGGAAGACGAGGACGAGGAAAGUGGCAGUGAUUUCGAGGUGUCGCCUGCAAAAGGAGGACGCAAGGCAGCGCAAAGAAAUACCGCCAGCAAGAGACCUGCCACCGGAAGGCCCAAACGAGCAGCGGCUGCCAAGAAAGCCAAGAAAGCUGAAAGCGAAGAAGACGAAGAGGAGGAGGAGGAAGAGGAGGAGGAUAGUGUGGACGACAAGGUUGCGGCUGAUGCCUCAAUCGAGGAGAAAGCUUGA